UAGAUCUUCUAUUUAAUGACGAGCGAAGGGAAGAGAUUGCGUUUAUUUUACGCAUUUAUUUUAAGCAACGAAAUAACGUUUGCACGUUUUUCUAUUACAGGCGUGAGUUACGAGGACGCUUUGAGGGACGGCGUGCUCCUCUGCAAGCUCAUGAACAAACUGCAGCCUGGCUUGGUGUCCAAGAUUAACACGUCCGGUGGGGAUUACAAGAUGAUGGACAAUCUUAAUCAAUUCCAGAAGGCCUGUGUGAAAUACGGAGUACCUGAUGUCGAUCUCUUCCAAGCUGUCGAUCUGAUGGAACGUAAGAACAUCGCUCAAGUAACAAACACCAUUUUUGCCAUCGGACGAACGACGUACAAGCAUCCUGAGUGGCGCGGUCCUUGGUUAGGACCGAAACCUGCGGAGGAGAACAAGAGAGCCUUCACCGAGGAGCAAUUAAGAGCUGGCGAAGGGCUUAUCGGUCUACAAGCUGGUACUAACAAAGGAGCUACUCAAGCCGGACAAAACUUCGGAGCCACGAGAAAGAUACUUCUUGGAAAAUAAUUUAUAGAGCGUAGUGUUUCUCAAUCGCUGUGUCCGAAGUAUACUUUAUCCACAAAACAAUAAUCUUUUAAAUGAAUGUAUACAUAAAAAAAAUAGCGUAAAGUUACGUGAUUGAAAACAUUACUUUUAGCCGUACGCGCUCAAAGCACUUGUGAAAAGAAAAAUUGUAUUUUAUAACACUUCGUUAAUCACAAGCACAAAUGAUAUAACAAUACACUGAAAAACAUGAUAAGAUUAAUGUCAAUGCGUCAGACACGCCAAUCUAUGUUUAGUGUAUCUAUAACAUCUAUUUAACACGUGGGUGUGAUGUAUUUGAACGAAAUGUAAUAAACGUUGCACGACAAUUUACUGACAAAA